GUCCUGUACUUCGUAACUCCAGAGGAUAUUUGUCCAUUCGGCCGUUGAGCUCUCGCUCAUGGCUUUCAUGCAGUCUUGAGGAUUUUUCUGAUUUACAAAGCCUUCAUUUGGUCCAUCCCUUCUUUCUGGGGAGCUUUCAUAAUAAUACCUGCCUAAUGUUUGUUGUUAGCUUCCGUACAGGCCCAAGGCGCUCAUCUCACCAACUUCGUUCCUUUUCCGCCCCCAAGGAGCUGUUGUCCUCCGCUCACCUCCAAAUUUGAGCUUUAUUUACCUGUUUUCAGGUCAUCGGUGGCAAAUAUUUACAGCUCGCCAUGGCUUCAUCUCCAGGGCCAAAUUCAUAUCCGGGACCUGUUCCACCUGAUGACAAUCCUGAAUCCGAAUCUUUCUCGUCUUCGACGCCUCCGACAAUGUUCCUUCAUGUGCUCUCGCCAUCUACAUUGGAGGUUCCAUCGCAGCUGUCCUUCCCUUCCCUACCGAUCUCGACCACUGUAGGCCAACUCAAGGAGAAGAUCAGAGAUGCAAUACCAUCAAAGCCAGUUGCUGAGCGACAACGGCUGAUAUACCAGGGGCGACUGUUAGCCAGGGAUACCGAUACGAUGCUAGAUGUCUUCGGACAACAAGCAAUUAACGAUCCUAUAUCUCACAAGCUGCAUCUUGUGCUUCGACCUGAUCGCUCUGAGGAUGGCCCUUCUAGUUCACCUAGUCCUGCCCGAGCCGUUUCCCCUAUUCCUCCGGCAUUGGGCGCCCAAGAUCGUCCUUCAGUCGCACCAGGAGCGCCUCUCCCACAAGUGCCGGCAGCUACCGGAUCAACGAUACACCAGCCUAACCAUCGGGCUUACAAUAACGUGCCUUUACCUCACGGUCCAAUUCUGACGCAUUUUCAAGCCAACUUGCCUCCCAAUUUGCAAAACAUACUUAAUCAGCAACUCGCAACGCUAAACCAGCAGCAUCCACAACCGCAAAUUACUAUUUCUGGGCCAACUGGCCAGCCGCCACAAGUACAACCCCGUGGAUAUCCAAGCUACCAGCACCCGGGGCAGAGUGCACAGCCUACAUUUCAGCAGCGCGUUAGCGACCAGCAGCAAGCUCGUGCCUCUGCAGGCCUCCAUGGGAUUUCGCAGAGCAAUUCAAAUGGUACUGGUGGAGCACCACCACUAGCAGGGUCAACCGCAUCCCACCAACAACCACAGCAACAUGCGCCGUUUGAAGCACAACCACAGCCUGGUACAUUACCUCCGGGGCCGGCUACUCAUUUAAACGCACAAGGUCAGGGCCCAAACGGCUUUGCUUUUGUUGUAAAUGAGAGUACUACAGUGAUUCCUCACAUGGCAGGGAAUAACCCUCUCCUGGGACUUGACGGAAGAUCGGCAUCUCCCCGUAUACCGCUGCCUGGCUUGGGCAAUACUCCUAUCGCAGUCCCGGCAAUUGGGCAAGGUCUAGGGGGACAUCAUCCGUUCCCACAAUACCAACGGCCAGCAGAGCAGCAUGCUCCUCUAGGUCAUGCACAUACUCAGGCGAAUCAUCCACAGGUCCAGCACUUGUUCGAAGCUUUACUAUCUUUAAGCCGUCGGAUAACUAAUCUGGAAAACCUUGUAGCACGCAAUCAGCUACCCCUGGAUCGCGAGAUUAACGAUGCACGGCAGCACCCCGGAGCAGCUAGUCAUCAACAGUUACAGCAAACCCUUACCAAUCUCAAUCAGCGAAUAAACGAUCUGUCGACCCGGGCAGACAUGAUUCGAAAUAUGCUAAGUAGACUUCCUGAUCCAUCUCAAACAUCAAGCCGACCUCCAUCUUCUCAGCCGAUGCAGCAAAGCCAAUCAGCUCCUUCGGCAAAUGUCCCCACUGCCCCAGAUCCAGCAACUGUCUACCUUCUCUCUUCCCCGGAUGCCCCACAUGCAUUGGUACUACCUCCGUCAGGGGGCAUCUACGCUUCUCCCAUACCAGGAAAUGGUCAGCCGGUUCAUCAUCAAGUACCUCUCGCUCAACCCUUCGCUCGCGGGCCAGCAGUCGUUCCUGUACCGGAUCCAGCCCAGCUGCAUCAGCAAAUACUCAAUAAUGCAAAUGAGCUGAUCAAUCGUACCCGCGGUAAUGGCGCGAUUCAACAACGGAUCCAGGCACAGCAAUUGCAACAACAGCACGCUCAAGUUGACAACGUUGUGGGUCAAGCCCAAGCUCAAGCCCAAGCCCGAGCUCAAGCGCAGAAUCGAGGAGGGGGUCGAGAGCUCAUGCGUAUCAUUCUGCCCAUCGGCGGCCAUCUCUGGCUAUUAAUCCGUCUCAUUGGCGUCAUCCUUUUUCUCACGUCAAGCGGCGGUUGGAUGCGCGUGAUUAUGCUAUUCCUCGCCACCAUGCUGGUUUUUUCCAUCCAGAUAGGUGUAUUCAACCACAUCCGGCAAGCACUCUGGGACCCUAUACGAAGGCACAUUGAAGGUCUGGUUCCGUUUGGGGCGGAAAACGCGGAUGAGGAUUUCGAUGCGGAGGGAGAAGAAGAAGAGGAAGAAGAAGAAGAAGGUCAAGGACGGCCUCGUCGAGAACCUGAUCCUCGAGAGGCUGCGGCUCGACUUUUACGUGCGCGACAACAGCAUGAUCGUGGUAGGAUUAUGGGACAAAUCCGACGCGUUGAGCGAGCCCUUGUACUAUUUUUGGGUAGUCUGAUUCCCGGCGUGGGGGAAAGACAAGUUGCCGCAAGAGAAGAAGCUGUGGCUGCUGUUCGAAGAGCUGAAGAGCGUGAACGUGAGCGCCAAGAGCGUGACGAAAGAGAAAGGCGGGAGCGCGAGCAACAAGAACAUGAUCGGGAGCAGCAAGAACAGGACUCGACUCAAGCUGGCGCCACGAAUGAUGGUCCUGAGAGCAACAAUGUUGAGGCUGGCAAUGCAACUAUCUCUUCGGCUUCGGAGCCUGGAGUUGUUGCUUCUUCUCCUGGCCCAUCCGCUGCGCCCGUCGGAGAAUCUUCUACUUGACCGCCCCCAUUUGUUUCGUUGCAUUUCUUUUCUUUUCUUUUCUUUUUCAAAAGAUUGCCGCAGUAUACAUAGCGCUGUCCACGCUGAUAGUACUGUUUCAUUUGCUUUAAGGGUUUUUUUAUCGAAUUCUUGGGAGGACAGGAGAAACGUAUGGCUUCAUUCGCAUUCUCUAGCAUAGCGCAGCAUUAACAUAGCGGUCUUUUUAAAAAAGAAUUGCACUUUUCUUUAUUCAAGAGCGUCCCACUAGGCAGAGGUGUGGCCUAUACAACUUUCGUUCUCGCCGCUCAUUCAUGGAGCAAGAGAAGUAACUUAGCUCUUAGUAACGACGUAAAUAAUCAUGAAG